CACCGGAAGUACUAUUGUGCAUUACGUCACUUGGCAUCGAGUAGCUUGAAAAACUUGACGACAGGUCAACAAUGUAAAUAUUUUGCCUGAAAGAUGAAGUGUCAAAACGCUCCAUGAGGAUUCAUGUUUACUUUAUCAGUGGAACAAUUGCUGUAGUCGUUGUCUCCCUUGGGACGAUGUCCUUCAUACGGAAGAUCCUUCGACGGCAUUCGAACCGAGUAACCAAUGGAGAAAGGAGUGUUGAAGAACUGAGUGCCGAAUCACUUACUCGGAAUGAAUCAGUUGAUACGGUUUCCACAGAGGCAGCGAGGACGGAGUCUGCGCACACUGUUUCUACCCAAGACGAAUCUUGUCAUGAUACGUCAUCAGAAAUCACACAUCGGAAUGACGAUUGCAGACGCAAAAGACGAAAACUGGCUUCUCUUUUGAGAAGAAAGGGCAAGAAGGAGGUAAAGCUGGACCGUAGACAGGUCGAGAUCCUCCAAUUUGACGAAGAAAUUAAGGAGGUCAUGCGCAUGCUCAAACACAUAGAAGUAAAGGAAAUUGCUCUGGACGAGGAAAUUCAUUUCAAGAAAUUAGAGCUGAUAUCUGUGUUUCCUCUUGUGACAGAGGAUGCCAGGAAGGAGAUACGACGGAAGGAGACAAUCUACCACAAGCGAUACUCGAACAUCAAGACUACAACGGACGCCAAGAACUUACUGAGAACGAUCAGGACAAAAAAACAUAUCCUCGAUCAGCUUGAACUUCUCACAUACCGGAAAUACGUCAGUAUCCAACACGAUGUAGAGGCUAAAGACACGCCUGCACUUCCGCCGCUCAAUCCAUGUCGACAGAACUUUGAUUACAUUUUCAACACUAUAAGAGACAGAUAUGCUCUGCAGCAGCAGCCAGGUCGCGACCUGUACGCUGAUAUCGGCAUGUCAAGGGAUGAUUUCCCUUCAAUACCGGAUUCCCGUCCCUCCGCCACCUACACCCAUAACGACACUCUACAACUGCGCAUGGGUCCGACACAGGCUACGGCGCACGAGUCCAUAGUGUGAAUAUGGAACUGAACAACGGAACCUUUCGAUUUCUUGUUCUUGUCUCAAUCACGUUGAAAUAUUUACAAGAACCUAACUGUCCUUGUCCAGCGAUACACUGUUUCUAUCAGAGUGAUGUAAUUACCCUUUACAUCUACGACUCUACGUCCGCGCAUUAAAUGAGUGCUUUCUGAUUGGUUAGAAAAACACAAGUGUGUCGUCUUGCUUUUAUCACAAACAUUCCUUAUUUGGUAGAGAUGAUACAAAGAUUUUAUAAACUUUGAUAUUUUUUGCAAAUACCGGGAACUUUUCAGUUCGCCAUGACAAGGGGAUU